AGUCUCACCAACUUAACACCAAUUUUAUACACUAUUAUCUCAACUAUAACCUUAAAAUUUGAUACAUUUUCAUAAAUCAUGAACGUUUAGUCUACGAAUUAUGUUUAAACAAAUAUUGUUUUCUGCUUCAAGAGUUACUCUAGCCGCUAGAGCAACUUCAGUUUGUUCAAUUCAAAAUGUGAUCAAACAAAAUGUCACUCAACCAUUAUUAAUCAGAAAUUUCACAUCUUUAUUAACUAACCCAAGUCCAAUUAUUGCUCCUAACAUUCUUUUCGAAAAAUCGAAAUUACAAACUAUAAGCACACCUAUAAGAACAGUAACAAAAUUCUCGUAUAGAAAAGGAAAAAGAAAAUCCGUCAAGACUGUAUUAAGAAGAUUCUAUCGGUUACAUUGGGGUGCAUGGAUAAGAACCAAAUGUGGUAGAAAUAAAAAGCUGUGGAAAAAGAGUCCUCCAAGAAAACGUAGAUUGAGACAACACGUUUUCUGUAAUGCUUCCCAAAGUUAUAAAUUAGAUAAAAUGGUGGGACCUUUCUGGAGGAAACGACGAUAUUACAUCGAUGAUCCGUACGAUCCUUAUCAUUCGAGAGAAGAAUGGGCGUUUACCAGGACUAAACCCAGACCAUACAUCCCUCCAGAGGAAAGAAUUCAGUAAUUGAGUAAAUAUAAAGUUGUUUCUCAUUUUCUUAUUGUUGUCUUAUUUUCCUUAGUAAAUCGAUGUUUUUCAUUAUUAAAUUAUAUUUAAUUUGUACAACUUUAGUUGUAGAUUGUAAAAGAAGGAAUUUGUAUUCAGAUAAGGUUGUUUUUGUGUAGAUACUUAACUGGCAGAUCAAUUCAUUAGUAAAAAUAUCAUUUCAAUAACUUCAUUAUUUCAUCAGUUAAUUUAGUUGAAAAAUUUUACCUUAAUGAUUUAAAAAAGAAUUAGAUCAGAAAUGCUUAUAUUUUCAAAGCUACCUUUCAUCUGGAAGAGAUUUAACAAAACCAAGUGCUAAAUUAUUAAAAAUUCUUUCUUGGGAAUGUCGUGAGUUACAACUUGUAGUAGUAUUAAAGUCUGUUUUUGUUCCUGCAAUAACAGUUUAUGUUGGUUGAAGUGUAAACUGUGGUCAGAAGGAACAUUUCUUGUACUAUUUCAGGAACUGUUCUUGUAGUAAUAUUAAAAAGUCUGUUUUUGUUCCUUACCUAACAGAUUUUAGCAUUUUGUACACCAGCGAUAAAUUGUUCAUGUGAGAGAAGCUUUUAUGCUCAAAAAGAGUGUAAUUCAUGAUCGACUUUAAAUCAAGCUAGAGUCUUUAGCUUUUUGAUGCAUAGAGUCAAACAUAAUGAACAAGAUUUCAUAUAUAUAUAAUUAAUGAUUUUGGGAAUUCAAAGUCUCACAAAAAUAUAUUGUAAUGUUUUUAUAAUUUAUUAUGAACUGUAAAACCAACAAAUAAGUAAGAAAAAAUAUUUCAUUGUUGUUUAACCGCGAAUGGAAUGAAAAAGAUGUAUUAAUUUAAUUAAAUUUUUUUGCUCAAAAUGAUGACUUGCCAUGAAAAUAAUUAAGGAUCUUACAUGAAACUUCAGUUAUCAAAUCAUGAAAUUGAAAUUUUAUUGAUAAUAAAUGUAAUUUAAAUAAUUGAGGAACUAAAGUAUCGUAAAUCUUCCACUCAUAGUACCAGUACUCAAUUUAUUCAUCAAAUAAGAAAAUUAGCAAUCAGCUUUGGAUAAAAUUCUAUAAUACAAAUCUUGUGAAAAGGCAAAAAAUUGAUAAGAAACAGAAAGAAAUCAAAAAAAUCAUUUAUGAGAAUGGUACAAAGCUAACAGAUAAAAAUAAUACAAAAUAUUUAAAAACAGGUCUCGAGUAAUCAAUACAAAUACCAAAUUGAAUAAUACAGUUCUAGUUUUCAACAAACAAUGCAGAUAUUCCGGAAAAAAAGAUUGUGGAUGUUUAUAAAUGAACAUAUAAAUAAAAAUCGAUAAAAGAGAGAUUAAAAAAAUUGAUUAAAAGCACAAAAAUAGAUUUUACCUGUAGAAAUGUAGAUUAUAUUGUGAAAAGAAUAGAUAUAAUUCUAAUAACAACAG